CCCAGUGGUGCUCGAACUGUCCCCAUUUUCAUCAGUACGUCAUCUAUAUUUAUCCUAGAAACAAGGGGGCCAUCUAAAAUGACUUUCAGUCCCAGGAGAAUGGACUUACUUGUGUGGGAUCUGUCUAGUUAUCUGACAAAACAGUGACAUCCUCAGAUUCUUAUUUCACUUAAGAUCAGAUUCGAUGCUAGAGCUUCACCACAGCUGUUUGGGACAGAUUUCACUUUUUUCCAUUAGGUCAACCUCUCUCAGCCUUAUUGUCCCUCUAGGAUUUGCAUUUUUAUUCAGGUUCCUUUCCUUCUCCUCCUGCUUGGACAAUCUGUUUUUUGGACCAUGUUGUCUCUCUGGCUUGUCCUUUUCUCCUGUUUGUCUCCUUCCUUCAAAAGUUCUGCAGAAGAAGGUCUGGAAUUCCCGAGCUUUGAUGGCAAGGAACGAGUGCUAAACAUUAAUGAGAGAAACUACAAGAAGGCACUAAGGAAGUAUGACAUGCUGUGCCUGCUUUACCAUGAACCUCUGCCAUCUGACAGGGAGCUCCAGCAGCAGUUCCAUAUGAGGGAGAUGGUCCUGGAGCUGGCUGCACAAAUCUUGGAGGACCGAGAUAUAGGAUUUGGAUUGGUCGAUUCUCAAAAGGAUGCCAAGGUGGCCAAGAACCUUGGGUUGGAGGAAGAGGGCAGUAUCUAUGUCUUUAAGGAUGAACGUGUGAUUGAGUUUGAUGGAGAGCUCUCUGCAGACACUUUGGUCGAGUUCUUGCUAGAUCUUCUAGAGGAUGCAGUGGAGCUCAUCAGUAACCCAAUGGAGCUGCGUGCUUUUGAAAGGAUGGACGAAGACAUCCGUCUUAUUGGCUACUUCAAGGGCAAAGAUUCCGAACACUACAAAGCUUUUCAGGGGGCGGCGGAACGUUUUCAGCCCUACGUGAAGUUUUUUGCCACGUGUGACAAAGGGGUGGCUAAGCAGCUGACUCUUAAAAUGAAUGAAGUGGAUUUCUACGAGCCGUUCAUGGACGAGCCAGUCACCAUCCCAGGCAAACCCAAUUCAGAGGAUGAGAUAGUGGACUUUGUCAAUCAACACCGGAGACCAACUCUUAGGAAACUACGUGCAGAGGACAUGUUUGAAACCUGGGAGGACGACAUGGAUGGGAUUCACAUUGUGGCUUUCGCUGAGGAAGAGGAUCCAGAUGGGUAUGAAUUCUUGGAGAUACUAAAAGAUGUUGCCAGAGACAACACCAGGAACCCAGAUCUGAGUAUCAUGUGGAUUGACCCUGAUGACUUCCCCUUGUUGACUGCCUACUGGGAAAAGACCUUUAAAGUGGACCUGUUCAGACCUCAGAUUGGCGUGGUCAACGUGACAGAUGCAGACAGUGUGUGGCUGACGAUGGAUAACGACGAGGCUCUGCCCACUGCAGAGGAGCUGGAGGACUGGAUCGAGGAUGUCCUCUCAGGGAAGGUCAACACAGAAGAUGAUGACCUUGAUGAAGACGAUAUAAAUGAUGAUGAUGAUGAUGAUGACAGUGAUGACGACAAUGAAGACGAUGACAAUUGAUUGGCAGAUAUAUCACUGAUGAUUAGUUCAACUUUGUAGAUUUUAUAACAUCUGUUGCAGUAUUUCUAGAAUCCAAGUAGAAUAAAAUCACUCAUUAAAGGUAAUAAUAA